CCGUGGGGCAGUGACUGAACAGUCGGCCUGCAGCAGCGCUUCCACGACUCAGCUGCCCAGAGAUGCGGCCUUGGGCCGCGGUGCCGUCGCUCUCGGCGUGGUGCUGGUGCCUGGCUGCGCUGCUGCAGCUGCAGGCGCCACUGUGCGACGGUCUGCGGGCCCUGGCGCUGUUCCACUACCACGGCUACAGCCACUGGGUGAUGUUCCGGCCACUGCUGCUGGAGCUGGCCCGCCGCGGCCACCACGUCACCGUGCUCUCUCACUUCCCCCAGGACAACGCACCGCCUACCUACGAGGACCGCAGCCUCAAGGGCGCCGUGCCUCCCAUCGUCAAUACCUUCUCUAUCGAUUUCGCGAUGAGCUCCAGCAUGAUUAAAUUCAUCUGGUUCGAGAUGCAGUCCUUUUGCAGGCCCAACUUCGAGCAUCCGGUCACCAAAGAGCUGAUCAAAAAUAAGGAAAAGUUCGACGUCAUCCUUCUCGAGGUGUUCGGGCCGGACUGCUUCGCAGCCUUCCACCACCACCUGGGGGGAGUCCCAGUGGUGGGGAUGACGAGCAGUGUGAUGCUGCCCUGGGGAAACUCCCGCGUGGGCAACCCCGACAACCCGGCCUACAUACCCAACUACUUCAUGCCUUUCAGCUCGCGCAUGACCUUCUGGGAGCGCCUCGCCAACACGAUGUCCACCUUUGCCACGAGCGUCGGCUUUGACCUCUUGGUUCCAGGAUCAGUGGAUGAACUGAACAGGGAGUAUUUUGGGAACGAAGUACCAAAGACGCUAGAUCUGGCGAAGAACCUCAGCCUUUUCCUGGUGAACAGCCACUUUAGCAUCAACUUUCCUCGACCGUUGCUGCCGAAUGUCGUAGAGGUCGGCGGCAUACACGUUCCGACAGCUGCGAAACCACUUCCAAAAGAGCUGCAGCAGUUCCUGGACGGGGCGCCCGGAGAGACCGGCGCGGUGCUGUUCACGUUCGGCUCGCUGGUGCGGGCGGACACUCUGGCCACCGACAAGCUGCUGGCGUUCGCCGAGGCCUUCCGCCAGCUGCGGCCGCAGCGCUUCGUCUGGAAGCUGGACGCGGGGGCGGCCGCCGCCAGGGGCGUAGCCCUGCCGGACAACGUGCUCGCCGCCACCUGGCUGCCGCAGUUCGACGUCCUCAGCCACCCCAAGAUCCGGGCGUUCAUCUCCCACGGCGGCCUCAUGGGGACGCUGGAGGCGGUGCACUGCGGAGUGCCGGUGCUGGGGAUCCCGCUGUUCGCCGACCAGAAGCUCAACGUGCCCAACAUGGUGCGCCACGGCGUCGCCGUCCAGCUCGACAUCAACCACAUCACCACUGACGAGGUCGUCGACGCCCUGCGCAAUCUCACCGCUCCAGGAUCUGAGUACUGGACGCGGGCCAAGCAGCUGUCUGCACUGUUCCGGGACCGCCCCCGCCCGCCGUUGGAGGAGGCGGCGUACUGGGUGGAGUACGUCGCCCGGCACCAGGGGGCGCCGCACCUGAGGUCUGCCGCGCUGGACCUGUCCUGGUACCAGUACCUGCUGCUGGACGUCGCCGCCUUCGUCGCCCUGGCCGCCGCAGCCGCGCUGGCCGUGCUCUGGGUCCUCUGCAGAAAGCUGAUCUCUCUGGCGCUGCCUCCCACGAGGGGGCCGCGCAAGGCGAAAGCGUCGUGAGGAACUGCGGAGCUGGCUCCAAGACGUCACGCAUGCCACGUGCCGUGAGGAGGAGAAGACUAGUUCAUCAACUGCCGUGCUAUAUUUUUUCUAUUUAUUUUUAAUCCACGACCGCACACAAAUAACCGCAUCUUUGUUUAGGUUGUGCAGAACAGUAUUUUUGUUGUCAACAUAUAUUGCCUCCCACAUCACUCGCCUCCAGCACGGCGUGACGUUUACCCAUAAGAGCUACGCAUUUUUGGAGUGUCAUUACAAAGCUAAUGCAGACAGGUCCAUUCAGAUGUACCGUGGAAUCUGUAUAUGCAUUUCAAGGGCAACUUCACAAUUUGUAUCCGAUAUGUGCAAUGGACAUGACACCGCAAUGCACACUGCAAGGGCCUAUCGCCGGUUUGUGGCGAGUGUCACAGCUAAGGGGUCGCUGUUUCUUUGUUAUAUGAAUAGAAGGUACAACGACCGCUAUUUUUUUUUUAAGUUUUGUGCUGCACUUAAUUGUAGAGCCGAAUCUCUGUUCUAAUAUUUUAUGCUUCGGCUGGAAUACAAAACGGCUUCAUAGUACCCCGAUAAGUGUCCCAAAACCACGAAAGUAGGUGCUACAACAUGCAGCGAAUUAAGUAUUUACAUCAUAAGCAUGUUAAUUACUAUUUUCUUGACCUUUUUUAGUCACUUUCCUCUCUCUCUUACAGGCAAAAAGUAGUAUUCAACAUUUUAACUGUUUUAUUUGUUGGAUUUUACUACAUUAAAGAAUAAAUAUUAAGUAAAAAGAAGAGUGGAAUAAGUAUACAAAAUCCAUCUAACAUUGAAAAAGAAAAAUACACUUCAUUCUCUUGUACAGACACUCUCACAUAGAAGUGAAUUUUGCACUACUUUCUUUGCAGUAAUGCGGUGCCUUGCAUAGUUCAUUGUUUAUAUGCAUAUCACGUUGAGCGGCAGGCGAGUCGUCUUCUGCCAGUGGCGUUAUGCAGACACGAUGUCGUGCAGCGCGGGGUCGACGCCCUGGCCGCUGUCAGCUGCUCGGCUCUUGGAGCGGACACCUCUCGCUCGGUCAUCGCGAGGCUGAGUAGUCCAACCAAAGACAAAUCCGCGGCAGUACCAGGAAAAUAAACCCGUGUCCUCCGCACAGCAGCCAGGCGCGCUUAGCUAUCUGUUACGCCGCCAGACAAACAAUCUUAUAUUUAUUCCAAUUACGGGCCAUAUUAUUUUACACAUGGUACUAAACAUCGGUUUAUGAUGAUUAAUUUCGAGGCCUAGAAAAUAAUAAGACAGAGGCGUUCAAUCUCAUCGAGCCAGUGACGUCAGAUGGCGCGCUCGUCUGUACACAUGUCUGUCAUCGCUGCACCUUAGUCUGUUAAAGUGUUGUGCAAAGUCAACAUGACAGUUCGAAUAGUUUGUAUUUCAUACUCACAUUCUUACAUAAAAUGACAAUCCUUUUUGGCUUGUUACUUUCUGACCAUACCAUAUUUACAUGUCGCUGAAAAAUUGUUUGUUCUGUGAUACCUCUUACUACUUUGUAGAACUCCAGAAUGGUCAUCAUGCAUUGUAAUUGACUACCUGGUGAUUGGAAUAAAAAUAAAAGAGCUUUUUAGGAUAA